CAGCCAGGCUAUUAGACAAUAAGGUCAGAUUGUCAGACUGGGGCGAUCAAAUGAUAAAGAUGGUACCAGGAGUUACCGUGUGUGUGUGAGCUCAUUUGCAUUCCUUUUCCUGGCCUUUGUGUCCCACUCCUGACAGCCCACAUAACUGUGAGAAUGCUAAGUCAGGUAACCAGUACGUGUGAAGCCACAGCCAGGGACCAGGCCCUUUUUCUCGUAGGACUAUAAAGCACCGCCGACGAGCGUCUCUCGUCGGGGUUUGCAAACUUCCACCUGAGGGGACGUCAGCCACAAGCCAACGAGCACCGCAACAUCUCCGGCAAACCACCCCAAGCAAACAACCAAGAUGGCGCCCUUUGAGAAAUCCAUGGAGAUGAUGAUGCCCUUUAAGCAGAGGAAGUGCUUGGAAACAAGAAAAGACGAAGUGUGCAGCAUUCGUUCCAAAUUCCCCAACAAAUUACCGGUUAUCGUGGAACGCUACAUCCGUGAAAAGACUCUCCCCCUGCUGGACAAGACAAAAUUUUUGGUUCCCUUUGAGCUCACCUUGGGUCAAUUCCUCUGCCUGCUCAGGAACAAGAUCGACCUGGAAUCGACCCAAGCGCUCUUCCUGCUUGUGGCCGAGAAAAGCAUGUCCUGCAUGUCCUCAAGCAUGGGGGAGGUUUACUCCCACUACAGAGAUCCCGACGGCUUCCUCUACAUCACGUACGCCUCACAAGAAAUGUUUGGAGCGCCCCGACCGGCAGGACGGCCGCCGUGCUGAGCUACUUCAGGAGGCCCAUUUUUGGACAUUUGAAACACGCCCGGACGAGAGAGCUGCUUCAUGAGGUGUAAAUGAGACACACCUUGUGUCAUGGGGCGAUUCAACUUAAUGCUGGAUCUCUGUUCAUCCAGGAAAACAUCAAGACUGAAGAUACCCCUUGAUCAAAGAUUAUAGUGUACAGUUACAGAAAGAUAAAUGUCCAUAGUUGGGUCUCAUUGACAUCUUACAGGAGAAGUGCAAUGCAGACAAACUGGUGUAUGUGCUACUGGUAGCACUGGAGCCUUCACGAUGUAUAAACGGGCUCAGAGUUAUGCUGCUAAUUACUCCC